AUGAACAGAUUCGUCUUCUGUGCAUUGUAUUGCUUUGCUCUGGUAGAUACUCAGUCAUCUACAGGAAAUGAAUGCCAACGUGGUGAUGGCUCCUCUGCUCCAUCUGGGGAACUGUGCAUUUUCACCAACCAGUGUGGAGACAGCAGCAAUGAGAAACAAGGUUCCUCCUGUGAAAAGUGUAAUUUUGAAACUGAUCUAUGCAAAGCUCUUCAUGAAUUGAAUAUACAGCCUGGAUGGAUAAGAAGAAAUGGUCAGUCUGGCAUGGGACCACCAUACUUUGACCACAAUGGGAAUGACAGUGCUUAUUUCCUCUCAUUGUCCUCUGAAAUGCGAUCCUCUUCUGCAACUAUAAGGACCAAUGUUUUUCUUCCAACUGAUGAACAACACGUUUGCCAGAUUACAUUUCAUUAUUGGGUCAGUCAAAUGAGUGGAACAUUGAUGGUGGGGCUUCAAAAGCACUCUGAAGAUACUAUUACAAACCUCUGGCAAGUUUCAGGAGAACUGCAAAAUCAGUGGAAAGCAAAUACCAUCACAAUCAAUAGCACUGAAAAGUAUGAGGUUAUUUUUUGGGGGAUGGUGGAGACCAAGAGACAAGAUGAAACUGUUGCCAUUGAUGAUAUUACUUUCAGUGAAGGAUGUUCUCUGGCAUGUGCACCGCAGGCUUCCAGUUUUGAGCUUGGUGUGUGCGAGUGGCAUUCAGAUCAGCUGGCUGAGCCUGCUGUGUGGGCACGACUGCAAGCUGGGCACAAGAUUGCCUCCUGUUCCUUCCUGAAAGAUGAGAGCAACGAUACUGAAGGCCAUUUGGAGUGGUUAGAAGCUAAUGGCAACACAUUAUAUAAAAGCGCUUAUCUUAACAGCUCCAUGUGUCAUUGCUCCAGCAAGAAUUGCCAUUUUCAGUUUCAUUACUCCAUGGCAGAUAGCAGUGUUCUCAAGGUGGUACUGUUUACUAACCAGGAGGAACAUGUCUUGUGGGAAACCAACAUCAUGACUAGGAAGGAAUGGGUCAAAGUGGAUAUACAGCUACCAACAGGGCUAGAAAAAUUAAAGCUUACAUUUAAAGGAACACUCCAGAGCAGGGCAGGUUUCAUCUGUCUGAAUAGCAUCCAGCUCUUGGACACUACACCACCGAAGCCACCAGAUUUCUGCUCCUUAGAAGAAUUCACCUGCACUGAUGGGCAGUCCUCGGAGCCUGGAUCAGCCUGUGACUCUCACCCAGAUUGUUGUGACGGCAGCGAUGAGAAUCCAGCAGCCUUCUCUAAUUACACUAUAUGUGAUUUUGAGACUGACCUCUGUGGAUGGAAGCCACUAGGCAUAGGUGAUGCUGACUGGAACAUAAUGAAAGAACAGGCUCCCCUUGACAGGAGGCUCCCGGGCGGAGGUCAUACAACUAAUACUGCACAUGGAGCAUUCAUUUACUUCAGUGGAUCACAUCAGAUGAACACAAAGAUGUCCAUGUCUCAUCUGGGGAGCCCUUUCCUUGUCAAGCUGUCCCCUGGGCUUUCCUGCUGUCAGGUAAGAUUUUGGUACCGGUUAUCUCAGGAUUCCCAGCUUUCUGUCUUUAAAAGAACUGCGUUGGAUGGAAGUUUGGAAAAAUUGCAUGACAUUUCAGGAUUGCCUGAGAUGCAGUGGACAAAAGUGAAUAUACCUGUAGAAAGUGGAGCUGAGGACUUACCUUUUCAGAUUAUUUUACGAGCUACCAUUCUUGCAACAAAUGCUACUGUUGCUGUUGAUGACAUCAGUAUAACAGAGGAAUGUGUAGUUGUGAAUAAACCACUUCCAGGUGUCAGCCAAGAAAGUGAAGCUGCUGUAUGUGACUUUGAAAGAGACAGCUGUGGUUGGAUUGAAACUGCGAAUGCAGAUGAAUUUGACUGGGUAAGAAGUUCCAGUAGCGCUGUUGCACCUGCUUUUCAAAAGCAAGCUCCUCUGCAGGAUCACACCUACAACAAACCUGAAGGUCAUUUUAUGUUCAUUCUGAAAAACAGAAGCAGCAUUUCACAAGUAGCUCAGCUACGAAGCCCAAAGUUCAGGCAAGCUGGAUCGAAUUGCACGUUGUCCUUUUGGUACUACAACUAUGGACAGUCAGUUGGAGCGGCAGAGAUGCAAUUGCUUGUGGAUGGGCUGAAACAGCCUACUCUCCUUUGGAGAGCAUAUUACAACGAGGGAAAUCAGUGGUUGAAGGCAGUCAUUCAGCUAGGACGCCUUCCACAUCCUUUCCAAUUAUCACUUGAUAAAAUCAAUCUGGGUUUUUAUGAUGGUGUCUCAGCAAUUGAUGAUAUUACAUUUGAAAACUGUGCUCUUCAACCUCCAGCAUUAAGUUGUGAAGGUCCUAACAAUUUCUGGUGCAGAGACACAAAAGCAUGCAUUGAUAGUUUAUUGGUCUGUGAUCUUGUGGAUAACUGUGGGGAUGGAUCAGAUGAAGACAACUGUAAUGCUGACCUACAGUGUAACUUUGAAAAUGGGCUGUGCAAUUGGGAGCAGGACGUUGAGGAUGACUUUGAUUGGAUCAGAAUACAGGGUCCAACCCCCACAGUUAAUACAGGCCCGUUGAAGGAUCACACGACAGGCACAGCCAGGGGACACUACCUCUACAUGGAAUCCUCCAAGCCACACCAAUUCCAAGAUAAAGCAGUUUUGCUUAGUCCUCUCUUCAACCCUGCUGGCAACAGAACCUGCUUUUUCCGCUUUCAUUAUCAUAUGUUUGGAAAGCAAGUUUACAAGCUGUCAGUCUUCCAGAGAACUGUGAGUAACACCAAGGGAUGGCUGUUGUGGUACAAGUUUGGAAAUCAAGGAAACACAUGGCUCAGACAGACAAUCUGCAUCAGCAGCUCCAAGCCAUUUCAGAUCUUGGUGAAAGGUACUGUGGGAGAUGGUUUCACUGGAGACAUUGGACUUGAUGACAUGUCUUUUCUAGGCUGUACUCUUUACAAUGGAAACUUGCCAACAAUCUCUACAACUACUUGUGGAACUCCAGCUGCUGCCACGCUCCCCAUGAACAACUGCACAGAGAAGGAGUUUGUCUGUAGAGCCUCUGGCCGUUGCAUCCAGAUGAUCCAGAAGUGUGAUUUUAGACCUGACUGCUAUGAUAAGUCUGAUGAAUCAGCUUGUGUUAUGGAAGUCUGCGACUUUGAAGAUAAAAACCAGUGUGGAUGGUAUCAACCAGCCUUGGAACAGAUGUCGGGAAAUUAUUCCAUCCAUACCACAAACAUUUUCAAGUGGGAACUUGGAAGAGGGGCAAAUGUCUACCAUGGGCAAGAAAAACACUGCCCAUUAAUUGAUCAUACUAUGUGUACUGAAGAAGGCUGGUAUCUGUUCGCAGACAGCUCAAAUGGAGAAUUUGGUCACACCGCUGACGUUGCUACCCCAGUCAUCUCCCUUACAGGGCCCAAGUGCAAAAUCGUAUUCUGGAACCACAUGAAUGGUUCAACAAUAGGUUCUCUGGAGGUACUCUGUAAAACAGGUAACAAGACUUCUAAACUGUGGACUCAAAGUGGCAGCCAAGGUCCGCAAUGGAACAGAGCAGAAGUGUUCUUAGGAAUUCGUUCAAAUUUUCAGGUUGUUUUCAGGGCAAAACGUGGUGUCAGUUACAUGGGAGAUGUGGCAGUGGAUGAUAUUAGCUUUGAAGAUUGUUCCCCUUUGCCCAUCCCAGGCAGACCUUGCACAUCAGAGGAAUUCACAUGUGCCAACAAGUACUGCAUCCCAAAGGAUAAUCUGUGUGAUUUUGUAAAUGACUGUGCAGAUAACUCAGAUGAGAGCCCUACUAUUUGCAGUACAUCUAUUGGGCAUUGCAAUUUUGAGUUUGAUCUUUGUGGAUGGAAGCAAGAUGAAAAUGAUGAUUUUGACUGGAACCUCAGAACUAGCAAUACUACAAAAAUGGGCACUGGACCAGCUACUGAUCAUACGUUACAAGAGUCAUCUGGUCAUUAUAUUUUUAUAAAGAGUUCUUUUCUUCAGCUGCCAGGACAGAAAGCUAGGAUUUCUAGUCCUGUCCUAAGCAAAAGGAAUAAAGACUGCAAGAUACUUUUCUAUUACCAUAUGUAUGGAGCUCACAUUGGAUCAUUGAUUGUCUACCAGAGGACUAUGGUAAAAGAUGAAAAAAUUCUUCUUAAUCUUACUGGAAACCAGGGAAAUUUCUGGCAGCGCAAGGCACUGAUCCUGACUGGAGAUGGAGAUGAAGAUUUUCAAGUUGUCUUUGAAGGGAUAGCUGGAAAAGGUCCCAAAGAUGGCAUAGCACUUGACGACCUCACGUUUUCCAGGGAGUGCUUACCAUCCCAGGAGUUUUUACCAGCAGAACCCACAACACUGCCUCCAACAGGCUCCUGCUCACACGGCUAUUGGCAAUGUCAGAACAGCAAGUGUUAUAGACCAGAACAAAGCUGUGAUUUUGAAGACAACUGUGGGGAUAACACAGAUGAGAGUGAAUGCGGAACUUCCUGCACCUUUGAGAACGGCAGAUGUGGCUGGCAAAAUUCCCUGGCGGACAAUUUUAACUGGGUGCUAGGGGUCAGCUCGCCUAAAAGUCUCAGACCUCCCGGGGACCACACGCUUGGAAAUAGAACUGGUCAAUUCCUGUAUCUUGAGGCCACUGCAAUAGGCCUAAAAAAUGAAAAAGCCCACGUGAAGAGUUCCAGAUGGAAAGAAUCAAGUGGGACUUGUGUGCUGAGCUUCUGGUACUUCAAGUCAUCAAAAGCCAUGGGGCAUAUUCAGGUUCUGAUUAAGACUGAUGAUGGGAUUGUGAAAAUAUGGAGUGAAUCAGGAAAUCAUGGUGAUGACUGGAACAAAGUCGAGUUACACUUGGGGAAACUGAGGAAUUUUGAAGUUAUCUUUGAAGGCAUUCGUACCAGAGACUUAGGAGGAGGAGCAGCAAUAGAUGACAUAGAGUUCAGCAACUGCACCACCAUUGGAGAGAAUCCCAGGGAAUGCCCUGCCCUCAAUGAUUUUGUGUGUGAGAAUAAUUGCAUAGAGUCUCAGUUUGUCUGCGACUAUAAACCAGACUGUGAAGACCUAUCAGAUGAAGCUGACUGCAGUUAUUACACAAGUAUUCCUGGAAGCUGCAACUUUGAAACACAAGAGCAAGAAUGGACUACUGUAUGUGGAUUAACACAAGACCCUAGUGAUGAUUUUGACUGGAAUACUAGCAACAGUGCUGUCAUGGGACAAACGGGUCCUGAUACUGACCAUACACCAGGUAAAGGACAGCAUUUUUUGUAUGUAAACUCAUCUGCCCAGAAGGAAGGUGACAGAGCGAGGAUAAUUACCACCAAACUCUUCCCAGCUAGCUUUGGGGUCUGUAGGGUUCGGUUCUGGUUCUGGAUGUUUGCUUCUAGGCAAACAGGAGUCUUAAAGGUAUACACAGCUGAAGAACAUGGAAUGGAUAUUCUUAUGUGGUCUUCUAGUAGAAAUGAAGAAAACAAAUGGAUGUAUGCAAAUGUGGCCCUCUCCAGUAACAGCCCUUUCAGAGUUGCCUUCGAAGCUGAAGUGGGGUGGAGUGAACACACAGAAUUUGCUCUGGAUGAUAUUUCUUUCACCCCAGAAUGCAUUGAUGGAGGAUCAGCUGAUUCUCACCCUCCAACUUGCAGUAGUGAUCAGUUCACAUGUGCAUAUGUGCAGCAGUGUUUGCCCCUCACUGCAAAAUGCAAUGGGGCUGAAGAUUGCGUGGAUGGAAGUGACGAAAUUAACUGUCCCAUGGCGAUGCCUACCACCCUGUCUCCGGGCUCCUGCAAGCAAACAGAGUUCCUGUGUCCUUCCAAAGGCUGUAUCCCAUCCCUCCUGAAAUGUGAUGGGGUGCCUGACUGCGGCCUUAACGAAGAUGAAGUUGGCUGCCCCAUUAAAGAUUGUUUCAGUGGUUCUUUGUUAUGUGCGUCAACUAACCAAUGUAUAGCAAUCUCCCAGCGUUGUGAUGGCAUUGCAGACUGCAUUGAUUUCAGCCUUGAUGAGUCCAGCUGUUCAGUUUGUCCCGAAGAAUACUGCAAAAAUGGAGGAAGCUGCAUCAUCAAAGAUUACAUUCCUUUAUGCCAGUGUGGAAAAGAAUGGAAAGGAAACCGUUGCCACAUAAGUGCUAAGCCUCUUCAGCCUCCAACUUCAAGUCUCCUUCGAAAUGAUAUUUGGAUUGGGUUGGGUAUCAGUUUCUUGCUGAUUAAAAUUACAGCUGCUGCCUUGUAUUUCCUUUUGAAGAAGAAAGUGCCAGGAACGAAACUGGAGGAAACGACUAAUGCUUCAUUUUCCAACCCAUUGUACGAAGACCUUAGUUCAUCUGGGGAAGUAAAGACUCCUGGGUAUGCCACCUCACCCACUGUUCAAAUCAGUGUUUCUCCAUGGCAUGAGUAUCCAUUUAAUGAAGAUGUGAAUGCUACUUCUUUUCCCAAUCCUCUCUAUGGUGAAGCAUCAGAAGACAUGGAUAAAUUAUGCAGUUCCUUGAAAAUAGACAUAAAACAGGAUCAAUAUUGCUUGUAA